CGUGGGUUGUGUGAGCUUAUGAAACCUUUACAAAACUAAUGACAGAAACUGAGAAAUGUACGGUUGUCAAUGUGGCGAUUCUGAAACGUUCAUAUUAUGGAGAUACAAGGUUUUGUUGGGACAGCAGCGCUUCCUACUGGGGUUUUGAGUCUUAGAGCAAGCCCUGGCCAUUCAAAAAAAUUAAUUUCUGAGUUAGAUGUAUUAGAGGGACAAAAAGGUGGAGAAAGAAGAAAGAGUGAUCAAGAGCGAAGAUGCUUGCAAACUGGUGUGUGAUAGCGGGGGUGACAGUGGAAAAUGUGGGAAACUCCUCUCACAUUCCCAUGGCUGAUAAAUGAACACUCCUUGCAAGGCCAGUGUGUGCUCAGAGUGGUCAUGAUCCUGCAGCGGUGGCUCCUGAUUUUAGCUGUGGAAUUCAUCUUCCCAUGUAUAUCCGGCCGGGCUAUGGGUCAAGGCCGGCGCUGUGUAUUCCAGGCGAAGCCACAGAACAAGAAGUAUAGGAUGGCUGGAAAUGUGAGUGGGUCUGAGCAGCUCUGUGCACGUACCCACUGCUGUGUGGGAUAUUACCAAAUGGUCAACGGGCAGCCAGAGGUAGACCUGCUCGCUUGUGAUAUCGUUGAAAAGUCCUGCCCAGAUGCAACCUGUGCGGCAUCACCGCGCUUCAACAACAGGCUCAUAAAAUGUGUGUGCAAUACAGACCUCUGCAACAGCAACAUUACAUGGAAACCAAAGUCAGAAGAGCCUCAGCGCCCCUACUCUUACUCUGUAGAUAUAAUUAAUAUUACUGUAGCUAUCAUUCCUAUUGGAAUUGUCCUGUUCCUGUGCUGCAUGCUUGUCGCUGUCAAAUGCCUCCAUCAUGAGAACACUUCUCCUCAUGAUGAGCCUGGCACACCGUUGUGUUCCUGCCACACAGCAGAAACCUCUGAGAUAGACAGUGCCAGCGUAGAGCUGAAGCAGAUUGUGAGCCAUGGCCAUUAUGCAACAGUAUGGCAGGGGAACUAUCAAGGAUCCAUGGUGGCAGUGAAAGUUUUCUCUGCUGGCUGUAAACAUGAAUUCACCUCAGAGAGGGAGGUUUAUGAACUACCACUGAUGAAGCAUGCUGGGAUUGUCCGCUUCCUGGGUGCUGGGAGGAAAGCAGAUGGUGGGGAAUGGCUCAUAGUUCUGGAGCUUGCUGCGUGUGGCUCCCUCCACUCCUUCCUGUCUAAGCAGACAAGUAGCUGGAUGUCGUCACUGAGGUUGUGCCUCUCUCUAUCUCAGGGCCUUGCCUACCUCCACUCUAACCUUAACAGACACGGUGUACACAAACCUGCUGUGGCCCACAGAGACCUCAGCAGUUCCAAUGUGCUCGUGAAAGCUGAUGGUACCUGUGCCCUAACUGACUUUGGGCACUCCACCAUCCUGCACUCAUGUCCAGGGCAUAACAAGUGGCAGUGCUACUUGGGAAACAUGGAGAGUCCUGCUCAGGCGGGCACGCUGCGCUACAUGUCCCCUGAGAUCCUGGAAGGCUCUGUGAACCUCAGCAGCGGCUGGUGCCUCAUGCAGGGGGAUGUGUAUGCUCUGGGACUGCUGCUGUGGGAGAUCUGGAUGCGCUGCUCAAACCUUUUUGAAGGUCACGUCCAUUCAGUCCUGUCAGAGAGGUGGACAUGGUCAGGCGGCCUCAUUCCAGACCAUCAGCUGCCUUAUGAGGCUGAGCUGGGAGCCAGUGUAACUCUGGAGGGCCUCAUACUGCAUGUGUCUCACAUGGACAGGAGACCUCCCAUACCUAAAUGUUGGGAAGAUGUGCCACAGGGAUCUGCACUGCAGGAACUUGUAAUGGACUGCUGGGACCAUGACCCAGAUGCCCGGCUGACAGCUCAGUGCGUUGUGGACAGAAUAUUUUCUCUUCAGUGACUCCACAUGCUUUUUUUUCCCCAGACUGACUCAUAGUCAUCAGCUCGUUCUGAUAGCUCUCUUUCAGUGUCACUAAAGCCGCUUCAGAAUAUCUUCAUCAGAUUGAAGUGCACCAGCACGCCCCCUGAUUUGUAUGCUCUUUCAUCACUCAGUAUGUCUUCAUGUAUUCAUGUAGUAUUAAAUUAAUUAUCUUACAACAAUUCUCACAUUAGCCAGAAUUUAAAAUAAACAAAUAAAUGAAUAAAAAA